AUGGCAUCCACAGCAAUCGACUCUAUAAUAUUCCGUGACAUCUUCAGCUCGGAUGCGAUGCGUCGCGUCUUCACAGACGAGCAUCGUGUGCAAUGCUACCUUAGCAUCGAGGCGGCACUGGCACAAGCGCAGGCCAAUAUUGGCGUCAUCCCCAAACGUGCUGCGCAUGAGAUCGCAGCCAAAUGCACCCUCGAUAAUAUCGACAUGCCAAAGCUCAAAAGCCAGACGGAGUUGAUCGGCUAUCCCGUUCUGCCAGUAGUGCAGCAGCUGGUAGAUGUCUGCGCGGAUCGUCUUGGGGAAUAUUGUCACUGGGGAGCAACCACCCAAGACAUCACCGAUACGGCCAUCAUCAUCCAGAUCCGAGAGGCGCUUGCCUUGGUCGAGCAGGAUCUGAGAGCAAUCGUUGACUCUCUGGCUGACCUCGCCCGUCGUUACCGUGAUACGCCUAUGGCAGGGCGCAGCAACCUACAGCAAGCGGUUCCGAUCACCUUCGGCUUCAAAGUGGCCACUUGGCUCUCCGCGAUCCAGCGCCACCAACAGCGGCUGGCAGAACUCCGUCCGAGAGUGCUUGUAGGCGAGUUUAGUGGUGCCGCUGGCACGCUCGCUUCGCUAGGCGAUGUUGGGCUGAGGGUGCAACAAGGACUGAUGGCAGAACUCGGACUGGGUCAACCGGACAUUGCCUGGCACACCGCACGCGACCGGAUCGCAGAAGUUGGCUGCUUCCUGGGACUGGUUACCGGGACUCUGGGCAAGAUUGCGACAGAUGUGAAGCUGCUCAUGCAAACGGAGGUGGGCGAGGCCUCGGAACCCUACACUAAAGAUCGCGGCUCCAGCAGCACCAUGCCGCAGAAGCGCAAUCCAAUAUCCUGCAAUUACAUUCAUGCCUGCACGACGAUGGUCCGGCAACUGGUCGCGGCCCUUCUCGACGCGAUGGUUGAGGAUCACGAGCGCUCCACCGGCCCCUGGGAAACGGAAUGGAUUGCCGUGCCCGAGAUCUUCCUGUUGAGUUCUGGUGCCUUGCAACAGGCGCGGACACUGCUCGCAGGUCUCGAGGUUGACAGCGCACGCAUGCGUUCCAAUUUGGAAAUCACCAAUGGUCUAAUCUGUACCGAAGCGGUGAUGAUGGGAUUGGCAGCGCAUCUCGGCCGGCAGCGAGCCCAUGACCUUGUCUAUGAGAUGAGUCAUCGAGCCAAUAUCAGCGGACGGCCUUUACUCGAUCUGUUGAUGGAAACAGAGGAGAUUUCUUCCGUCCUCAGCCGAGCCGCUCUCGAAAAGCUGCUCGAUCCAACCAAAUACCUUGCGGGAUUCGAAUGCGAGGGUAUUGACAACGGCGAGGUUGUAAUAUUUGAUGCAUAG